CAUCCGAUUCCGCAAUAAAGACUGUCGAUGUGCAUCCCCACCAGUUCGUUCACACCGAAUGCCCCGCGAGAGACGAGCGACAAUUAAUUCUUUUAUUUCAACGCACGCAUUCGAAAUGGACGGACGCGUCGUUUCGCUCGUCCUUUUGCUUUGCUCGUUAAUAAAUGCCAAAGACGCAGAUUUGAUUAGACGAAAGAGAAUCGUCGGCGGUGUCCCUGCCGCGAAGCCUCCCGUGGACGAUCCGGUAGUUUUUGUGAAUAAAAACGGUCGAGACGCGCGCAUUAUCGGCACCCGCGAUCCUGACAAGGGUUUCUAUGUCUUUCGUGGAAUCAGAUUUGGGCAACCGCCAACCGGUCGAGCUAGAUUCCAGCGAUCUUCGCCCGUACAUCUCGAAGGGGAAUACAACGCCACUAAGUGGGGACCUCCUUGCCCUCAGCCCAGCCACAAUGAAACCGGUAAAGUCAUCGGAAGCGAAGACUGCCUCUUUCUGAACAUCUUUACCCCAUCGCUGCCGGAUUCCAGCGGCGGUUAUCCUGUACUGGUGUGGAUCCACGGGGGUGGUUUUAGGAGAGGCGCGGCGUGUCAGUACGAAAUGAGACACUUGAUUAAAAAGAAGCUGAUCGUCGUGUCUGUCCAGUACAGAUUAGGAACAUUAGGAUUUUUGAGCACAGGUACACGGGAGAUGCCGGGAAACAACGGUAUGUUCGACAUGGUGCUGGCUAUGGACUGGGUGAGGGAUUACAUCCACUUCUUCGGCGGUGAUCCGAACAAGAUAACAGCCUUCGGUCACGGCACCGGCGCCAGUUCCGCUAUAAUGCUGUCGUUGUCAAAAUUCUGCAAAAAUUACUUCGGCGGUCUGAUCGCGAUGUCCGGCUCCAUUCUAUCGCACUUCGCUCUCGACAAGGACGCCGCCGCGACCGCCAGACACGUGGCGCGUGAAAACGGCUGCCCGACAAACGAUACGCGGAGGAUGGUGGACUGCCUGCGAGAACUGCCGGUCGAGAAGUUGAUCAGCGUCGAUUCCGAGCUGGCGAACAGCCGCGCGUCCGUCCGAGGUUUCGUCUCCGGCUUGGCAGAUCUUCUGGGACCCGGUCCUGUCGUGGAAGGCCCCAACGACGGCAGGUCGCUUCCAAACUUCAUGACCGCGUCGCCGGAGGAUUCCCUGAGGCUCGGCGAUUUUCCGUCUAUACCGCUGUUGACGGGCGUCAUGAGGGACGAAACGGGAGGCGCCGUCCUCGGUCGAUACAGAGACGAGGUGCAAAACAAGCUGAGCACGGUCCCGGAUUAUUUGACCGGCGAUUUCAUACCGUAUUUGCAAGGAACAAUUCCGAAUAUUCAAAACGGAUCGCGGUUUGUCCCGCAAGCCUUCCGCGGCUACCUCGACAUACUCCAAGGUGGCACACCGAACAACGUCGGGAAAGUCGCGGAAGCUCUGGGCGACUCGCUCUACAACGUUCCCGCAUUUCUGACCCUCAAUCACUGGUCGAAAAGGGCGAACGCGUUCCUGUACACUUUCGACCACAAGGGAAAGAGAAACUACGGUAAAGACUUUCUCCGCGGAUUGCCAAUCGUCGACGCUAAACGAUCCUUGGAUGAUAAUUUAAAUCACGGCGAUGAUCUGGGAUACAUUUUUAAUCGAAACACAAUUACCGGCGAGAAGGUGAGCGAUAGCGGAGAGCCGGACGAAGCGGAUGAACGCGUGACUGACAUUUUUACGGAUAUGAUAGCGAAUUUCGCGAGAAACGGCACGCUUAGCAUACCUACGAAUGUACGCUCUAACGACAGCAGCUGGAUGCCGAAUAUAAUUCCAAAAUUCUCGGAUGACAAAAAUUCCUUUGUCAGUAUCACGACAACUCCGAAGAGCAUGGAUAAUUUUAGAUUCUGCGAAAUGGGAUUAUGGGCGGUACCGGAACGACUACAAUCACCAAUGUGCAGUUUAUACAAAGUGCCUCUUCAAUUGUUAGAACAAGGUGCGAAAGGAACGAUAUCUGUAAUGCAGAAGCCUAUCGACACGUUCAACGAAAUUGUUCCCAAGUCCGGCCUCGAUGUCGCAGGCAAAUUGAUAGACCGGAAUACUGAAGAGCCGAAGAAAAACGAUACAACGGAGCGGAAAACGAACGAUGGUAUAUUACCGAAAGUACCUAUACCGAAGCUACCAUUCGUCGGUUGAAUUAUUAAUCAAUACGUUUAU